CCAAUCGCGUGUGCUUGCCAGGCAGUGACGUCGCUUCCAGCAGAAGGCUACAGAGACGGAGGGUCGCAGCCGCAAAACAAACAGUGGAGUCUCUCUGUGAAUCUAACCGCGCGGCUGACACACGGGAUCUCUCUUUGUUGUUCGGUAAUUGUUUAACUCAAAGAUGAAUUUUGAGCAGCCCCCUCCAUACCCGGGCAGUGGCCCCUCUGCUCCAGGCUACCCAGGCCAGGGCCCCCCACCUCAACAAGGCUACCCACCUCAGGGUUAUCCUCCACAGGGAUACCCUGUAAACAUGGAGCAGCCUAAUCCAGCAUACCCAAACUACCCUCCCGGACCAAUGCCCCCCGGAGGUCCUUAUCCUGGCCAAGGGUACGCUGGACAACCACAGUUUGGCUGGCAGGGGGGUCCCCCUCCUGGGCCUAUGUACGGUGAAGCUCCCAAAAACACAGUGUAUGUGGUGGAGGACAGGAGAAGAGACGACACAGGGGACACGUGCCUGACAGCCUGCUGGACAGCUCUGUGUUGCUGCUGUCUCUGGGACAUGCUGACAUAACGCUACUCACCAACUGCUCACUCCCACCACCCUCCACUCCCAUGUCUGUGCCUUUUACCCCCAUCACCCUCUCUCUCCCCUCUGCCUUACUCCUCGCUCUCCCUUAAAAAACGACCCGUUUCCUCUACGUGUCUUUUGCUCGUCUGUAAUUAAAAAAUGAUCCCAUGUGGAAGUCCUCCCUCUCAACCUUGAUGUGCAACCCUCAGCACUGACUGAAUGACUGACCCUGUUUAGGGGCUACUCUGUUGUAGCAGCUUGUAACUGAGCGUCAAAUCCUAACCUGAAUCUCAGGGUCUUCGCACACGCACACACACACAUACAUUCAUAUGCUUCCAUCUUCGUGAGGACACUAGUUGGCAUAAUGCAUUCCUCAAGCCACAUCCACACUAAUAUGUUUUUGUCAUCGACUCCGUCUGGCGUGCACACUACUCCUGAGUUCAGAGCUGUUUGGAAAUGCUACUGGUCCCCGUAUAGUUUGAUAACUCCAGGUUUGCGUCUGGACGGGCAGAAACUGAACGCCUGUACCUAACCUAAAAAUAAUUCUAACUCUAAUCCCAAAAGUGUGAAAAUUGAGAACCAGACAAAAUGUCCUCUUUCUGUAAAGUCUAUGCUUAAAAUGGUCCUCACAAAGAUAUAAGUACAAGUCCACACACAACACACACACAGUACACUUGUACCUCAGGCUCAUCUAGUGUGAUGCUCUUUGGCACUUUAUGAUGAUUACCUAUGUAAGAUACUACUCCUGCCUCCCCCUCUCUACCUCCCUCUAUAUCCCCCUCCAGCUAUGCUACUUGCCCUGCCCCACCCCUCAUCCUGGACCCCCUGCACCCACCCCUCAUGCCCCAAAGGCCACUAAGACCCUGGCUGUUAAUGAGCCACAGGGUGCUGUUAAAGAAGCUCAUGCUUGAAACGUAUCCCUUUUAUUUGCACACAAGCUCUUUUUUUUUGCUGAUGUAUGUCUUCAGGUGGAAUCAUACAAUAAGUACAUGGAAUACAUUUUUAAUGACGACAGUGAUUUAUGUUUGAUUAUUGUUCAAAUCCAGUGCUCACAAUGUUUGUUUUUCAUGAUGAUAUUGAUAUGAAGGAAAUUAUUGCAAUAUUAUUUUUAUUACAUACCUUGGCGAUAAAACAGAAAACAUGAAAAAAAUUAAGUUGUGAUUCCUCAACAGAAGAAACCAACUAACUUGUUCGAUGCCUUUUUGCUUUAAAUGAGAAUCUUGCAUUAAAACUUACUCCCAUGAAA